CGAAACAUUUAUUUUUUCUUUUAAAUGUUUUUUAAACUCGUAAAUGGAACUCUAAAAUUAUAAUAUUAUCAUCAAAAAUAUUUAUAGAGACAAAAUUUUAAAAAUUAAUAUAAUUAUAUAAAAGAAAAAAUUAUAUAAAUAAUAUAAAAAGUCACUUCAUUGAUUAAUUAUUAAUCAGUAAAAAUAAAUGACAUUUGCUUUGAUUAUCAAGUAACCUCAGAUAUACGAUAUCUAAAACAAGAAUAAAACAAGUUACUAAAUCUUUAUAUAAAAAAAGUUUUAUAAAAUUUAUGAAAUUUUGCAUAAAACAUAAAACAUAAAACAUGAAGUCAGAUAUUACUGAUCCAUGGAGCGGAACAGAUGUUCCACAAAUUAGUAAUAAUAAGUGUGAAAACUUUUUCGAAGAUUCUUUUGUAGUUAAUCAGACACAACAUACCAGGUUAGCUGACUCAGAAGAAUAUUUGGAAAAACUUUAUUCCAGACUUAGAAUUCUUCAAAAAGGUACAUCAAAAAAAGAUCUUAUAACAUCUUUAUAUGUGGCAAAAGAAGAUUCUAUUGCACGUUUAAUAACUUCUGGAUGUAAACUUGAAACAGAAGAAGAUACUGAACUUGUUUCAAAUCCUUUAAUAAGACAUAUAGCACCUCAUUUACAAGCAUUAACUGCUAGUGAAUUAGUUCAUCUUUUGAAAGCAGAUGUUCUUCAAAUUAUUAAUGAAUCUGAACAACAAAAAGAAAUUGACUAAAAAAUAAAUAAAUUAUAAAUUAUCUAUUUAAAGAAU